UGCAGCGACCCGCAGAGUGAAGACUGAUCGAAGAAAACAAUCGCACCAACGAGACAUCCGCUGCUGUGAAAAACCACCUGUGGUUCCGACCUCUACCUGUAAGCUCCAAAGUCUUCUCAAAAUGGCCGUGAUGCUGAAGCCCUGGACGGUGCUGGUGGCCGUAGUGCUGUGUGUGCUGGUGUGUCUGGGAACACUGGCCGAUGCCUACCCCCCCAAACCUGAGAACCCCGGUGAAGAUGCCCCACCCGAAGAGCUGGCCAAGUACUACACUGCCCUGAGACACUACAUCAAUCUGAUCACCAGGCAGAGGUAUGGAAAGCGUUCAGCUCAGGAGGAUGUGGUUGCAGAGCUGCUGUUUGGUGGCGACAGCAACAGAGACCAGAGAUCAAGAUACGACGAGUCCUACAUGUGGUAACUCCGCCGCCCAUCUCCCUACUCAUCGGGCAUUCCCUCUGGGUGCAUCCCACAAUGCAUCUGGAGGGGCCGAAAUGUGCCUCUCAUCCUCUGAUCCAUGAACCCGACCCCAACUGACGACCAUCACUGACUGGGACACAAGCUCUCUCUGUCUCUCCUGUCACUGUCUCUCAUUACAACAAAAUUGUACAUAAUUUAUUAUUGAAAUAAAAUAUAUACAUAUGAGAUCAGAGCUACUAAUCAGUAGGUGGAACUGUGUCUGUGUGUGUGUGCGUGAGCAUUAAUGUCCCUCUGCUGUCCAACACUGUUUAGAGGAGGAAAUUCUUGUUUUACUGUUGCUACUGUAAAAAGGAACAUCAGAAUCAACGAAUAAAAACGUUUCUGUGUGAUUAAAA